AGAUGUUGGGAAGGAAAAACUUUAUAAGAGACGGAUUUCCGGUGGUCCAGAUAUUUUCUGUGAGGACUUCAACUCGAGGAUAGACCUCUAUAUUAGUGGCUGUUAGCACUCUUUUUCUCCAAAAUGAUCACCACCAGCCUCCUUCUGCUGAUUGCCGUAGUAAACACUUUGGUGUCGGCAAUCCCGGUUUCUGAACCUGCCUCGGAUGAAAAACAUACUUGCACCAACACCGCGGAUUCAAGGAACUGCUGGUCACCAGGGUUUGACAUUAAUACCGAUUAUUACACUAACACCCCUAAAACCGGUCGUACAGUGGAGGUCCGACUGAACAAUUGCCCCUGAUGAAUAUCUGCGAAGGCUAACCCUUACAGCAUAAAUGGAGCAUUACCAAUAAAACGAUGGCCCUCGACGGCUACGAAAGAUCUGUGUUGGUAGUGAAUGGGCAAUAUCCUGGGCCAGCGCUGGAAGCGAAUUGGGGGGACUACAUAGGUGCGUUCAAAAUGGCUACAGAAAUCAAUCCGAUACAAGCUUCUCGGACAUGAAAUCUCAUAGAUUUACAGUGGUUCAUAUAACCAACGAAUUAACGUCCGGAACCGGUAUCCACUGGCAUGGAGCACGUAUGCUGGGUACUCCAGAUGCAGACGGAGCUAUUGGUGUCACUCAAUGCCCUAUUGCUGUGAGAAAACUUCAUUCCCGAACCCACUUUCCCGUCCAUAUGCUGAUGAUUCCAGCCGGGAGAAACCUACACCUAUAGAUGGCAUGCGACGCAAUACGGAACUUCCUGGUACCAUUCGCACUUUUCACUUCAGUACACCGACGGUGUUGUGGGCCCCAUUGUCGUUCACGGCCCCAGCAGUGCGAACUGGGACAUCGAUCUCGGACCCGUACUCCUAACGGAUUGGUUUCAUAGACCUGCAAAUGAUCUUGCCACUGAGAUGGCUCAAUCAAUCACCGGAUUCCCACCAGUUGCCGACAACGGAUUGAUAAAUGGCAAGAAUAAGUACGAUUGCUCGAGUUCAGGUUCUCCAGACCCGAAUUGUAAAAAUUCGGGAACGAGAUACGAAACCAAAUUCCAGGCCGGAAAGAAACAUCUAUUGAGAAUCGUAUAUCUCCCAAAGCCCACUACGGCCUUUGCCAAAAUAGCUAACUUUGCUAGGUGAAUACCGGGACAGAUGUAAUGUUCAAGUUCAGCAUCGACGGGCAUAAGAUGAAAGUUGUUUCUACUGAUUGGGUUCCCAUCAAACCGUACGAAGCAGAAGUGAUCUCCAUAGCUAUUGGGCAGGUUAGGCACUCGAAUCCACACCUCAGGAUAGCUCAGGCUAAUCGAAGUCUUUAACGCCAGCGAUAUGAAGUGAUCGUCGAAGCAAACGCUACUCCAGGUGACUACUGGAUGCGUGCCGUCCCACAGCUCAGCUGCCUCCCACCGAAUCCCCGGCGAUACGACAUUAGUGGAAUCAUUCGUUACGACUACUCUACCUUGGAUCCAACAAGCUCCCCUUGGAACACCACAGAUCAGUGCGAAGAAGAGAAUGGAAAACACAUCGCCCCCUUUUUUAAAGACGACGCCGGGAGCGCAAACCUUGAAGAGAACUUUCAACUAACCUUGUUACGCACGAACACCAGCGGAACGGUACCGGCAUUCCAAUGGAUAGUUAACGACAAUCAUUACAAUCCAAACACUUCAGCUCCGUCGAUAAUGCUUAUCAAUGAAGACCGAGGCGUGAUUGUCCCUAAAUCGUAUUCAGCCACGGAGGUGACACCUAUCGAUGGGGUAAGUUUUCCUGAACGUAUGCGCUCUACCCGAAUGCUGACGCCUCGGGUCGACUAAACAGUGGACAUACUUUAUCAUUCAAAGCCUCUUGCCUGGUAAGUUUCUUCGCUAAGUUGAUUCAUUGGUCCCUCGGUUAAUAAUCAACAAGUCGGUCAUCCCUUCCACCUACACGGCCACGACUUUUACGUCCUCGGGAAGGGUGUAGGAAUAUACGAAAAUACACCCAAUCACCCAAAGCUCCUCCUAAAAAAUCCCGUCCGCAGAGACGUGGCGUUCUUGCCAGCACAAGGCUUUCUCGUCAUCGCGUUCAAGAAUGAUAAUCCGGGCGCCUGGUUGAUGCAUUGCCAUAUCGCCUGGCAUCUACAUCUGGGUCUCGCUAUGUAAGCCCCUCUCCCUAACCUCAAGCCAAGGACCAAAUUACUGACGGCGCGCAGGCAAGUCAUUGAGCGGAAGGAGGAAAUGCCCGUGAACCGCCCAGAGGAGAUAGAGGCAGUAUGUGAUGCUUGGAAAGUCUUCGAUAAGAGCAAUGGAGAUGACGGUGCUUGAUCAAGGGCGAGUAGAGAGAAGAGUACAACACUAGGUUUUUUAAUAUAUUUUAUCUGCUAGAUUAGUAGAAAGCUUGUAGCUGGUGUUUAAUAUAUUACAGAUUAUAGUC